AAUUACCCGUGGUGAAUAAGGGUCGUUUUUCAUUUCGCAGAAGAUGAGAGGUGGAGUGGAAUGUGAAGAGAAUAUGCCUAUACGCUAGCUAGCUACAAAUAAAUAAUUUAGCUAGGUUAUUCUCACCAACACCGCAAUGGCAGGAAUAAUCAAAAAGCAAAUAUUGAAACAUUUGUCCAGGUUCACCAAGAACCUGUCCCCAGACAAGAUCAACCUCAGCACGCUGAAGGGCGAGGGCCAGCUGUCCAACCUGGAGCUGGAUGAGGAGGUGCUGCAGAACAUGCUGGACCUUCCCACCUGGUUGGCUGUCACCCGGGUCUACUGCAACAAGGCUGCAAUCAGGAUACAAUGGACAAAGUUGAAGACCAGCCCUAUUUGCCUGUUCCUGGACAAGGUAGAAGUGGAGAUGAGAACGUGUGAGGAGCCCCGCGCCCCAAAUGGCCCCUCCCCUAUUGCCAUCACUGCUGGCCAGAGUGAGUAUGGCUUUGCUGAGAAGGUGGUGGAGGGUAUGUCUGUCAUCAUCAACUCCAUCACCAUCAAGGUGCAGUCCCGUGCCUUCCACGCCUCCUUCGAGCUCUGGCAGCUCCAGGGUAACAGUCUCAACCCCAAAUGGCAGAAGACUGACCUCCGCUACACCCGCAUCACGGACCCAAAAAGAGGAGAGGUGUUGACGUUUAAGGAGAUCAACUGGCAGAGUCUGCGUAUUGAGGCCGAUGCCAUAGAGAGUGAGGACCAGGACCUGAACAGUACCCCACUACGCCUCAUCACCAACCAGGGACGCAUCCGCAUUGCCUUAAAGCGCAGGCUGAAGGACUGUAACGUGCUGGCCUCUAAGCUGCUCUUCAUCCUGGAUGACCUGCUGUGGGUGCUGACGGACUCUCAGCUCAAAGCUGUCAUCCACUACGCCAAGUCCCUGAGCGAGGCCAUGGAGAAGUCUGCCCAGCAGAGGAAGAGCAUGGCCGCAACGUCCCUACAGACUGCACCACCUUCCCCUGGUAUACACGCUCUAUGGACAAACCCUCCUCCCUCUCCCAGUGGUGGAGUCCCCAGUACCCUGGACCAGUACUUUGAUCAACACGAUGUCAAAGAGUCCUCCUACCACACCUUCAUCUCUCGUCUAGACCUGCACAUAUGCAACGACAGUUCCUCAGCAGACCCCGAUGAGCCUCCUCCUCCAUACUCUCAGGGUGCAAUGCAGCUGACCUUCCGCAAGCUUGGUUUUGACUACUACCCCAUCCACAGGCCUGGUGAUGGCUGUCGGCAUUGGGAGCGUCACUGUGGGGCGAUGGAUGCCCGGGCCCAGUGGGCUGGCAUUCUACUGCAGGAGUUCCAGAGGAGGGUGGAAGCGUCAGGGAUCCCUGGGCCAGACUCUAAGGUCCCCAACCAGGUCAAGGACUUCCCCGCUAAGAGGACCCAGGAUGGACAACCCACCCCCAAGGCCAGCCCUCCUGAAAGGGAGCAGAUCUCCAAGAGGACCUCAAUAGCACAACCUCUCCUGGGGAACCCUCCUAAGAGGCUCCGCUCCAGCUGUGUGGUGGUACGAAUGGAUGACCUGGAUAUACAUCAGGUGUCUACAGGGGGGCGCCACAGCAAGAAGACCCAGUCCUUACUAUCCUGUAACCGCAAGGCCCUGAACCUAGCAGACAAUAUACCAGCCAUCCACCUGCAAUUCACAGAGUAUUACUUCCCUGACAACCCCGGUUUGCCUGUACCCAAUACUAACCUAUAUGCCCAACUGAACGGCCUACAGCUGUGCCUGGACCCUGCCAGUCUGCUGUGGGUCAACCUGUUCUCUAGGGGCCUGCUGCGUACCCUGGAGCAGGUCAAAGCCUUCUACCACCUCCAGGACAGCAGCAAGGCAGAGGAGCACAUGGACAUCCACAUGGACGCAGCUCAGAUCAAGCUGAUCAUUCCCCUGGAGUCGUCCAUCAUGGACCACCAGGACCGGCCCCAGUCCCUAAGCAUCAUCGUUCCCCAGAUGGUCCUCAGCAACACACGCCACUCCCCCCACGGCACCCGGGCCGACCUCCACACCACCUACAGCAGCUUCUCCACCUGCCACUUCUUCCAGUCAACUCCCCCUUGCUCCUUCCCCCGAGACCAGAGCUCCUUCCUCCCCCUACCCUCUGCCUUCCUCCAGCACUCCCUGGAGAUGGAGCCCCUGUCCCUGUCUGAGAAGAGGCCCCUAAGGCCCAAGGAUGUCUGGUUCCUCAGCCUGUCCCGUCUGUCCAUGAGCUUCGAGGGGGCGCGGAAAAGCAACAGGGGCAGAGCUCACCCCUUCGUGGAGCCUUUCACCAUUUCUGUGUGGAUGUGUCGUCCGUCUGCGUUUAAGGGCAGUUCCCUGGUCUCCUCCCCCAAUGAACCAGCUCCUGUUGAUCCCAACCAUAAAACCCCAGAACAGCAUGAAAACCACCUCCCGCCCAACCUGGAACACAACCAGGACAGUCAACAGGAGGUUGCAAUGGCUUCUAUCCACUUCCUGGCCCAGGCCAUCACACCGGUCAAGGUGUGGCUCAACCACUACCAGUAUGUUGCCCUGUUGCGGAUGAAGGACACCCUGGCCAGGCUGGGGCACGAGCUGGGCCGGGACACCAGGGACGCUAAGCAGGCCAGGGGCCAGGAGGCUGACCCUCCUACGGUGUGCUUAGCCCUCCUAAUGGACUCAGUGGAGCUGGGGCUCCUGCUACCACCUGCAGCCACAGAGCCAGAGGAGGAGGCCCACACCCCAGGGUCUGAAAGCCCCAGCCUGACAGACUCCGAUCUCUCCCCCACUCACCAGUCUACUUCGCCAGGCCCUCUGGAGGACAGUGGGAUAGGAAACACCACUGCCACCGUCAACAGCUCUCCUCCCCUUGAGCAGGAGGUGGAUGGUGUGGUAGAGGAGGCCAGCGAGGCAGUGGAGGUCAUGGAGGGGGAGAUGGCCCAGGGGGAUGGCAGUGGUCCUGUUCUCUCUCCUCCCUUCUCCCCUGAACACCAUCCCUCCCUCCUGUCCAGGGACCCCUCUACCUUCAGCCUGGAGGGAGAGCUGUCCACUGCCCUCACCUCCACCAAGGACGUCACCAAAGAUGCCAUUAGUGCCUCCCUGGACCUGACUAAAGGGGCGUUCUCCAUCACAAAAGAUGCCUUCAGCUUCAUGAGUCGCGGGUCGGGGAUGAGCAAGCUUUUCAAUCCACAGGCCAAGGAGCAGCGCCCUGAGGAGGGGUCCCCCAUGGCCAGCCUGCGGCUCCAGUCCAUGAACCAGUCUCUCUCGCAGCACUCAUUUGACAGCGCUAUCCUGGACUGCAGCCUGCCCAACGACCACCUCUCAGUGGAAAGCGACGCCAGCGAGAACUUUGUCAUCCUCAUGGAUGAGUCAGGGGUAGAGUCCAUGAUGCGGCCCAACGGCACCCCGGGGCCCAGUGGAGGCAGUCCUGCCCUGGGGACAGAGGGGGGGUCCUCAGCUGACCUGAGCAGCUCCCUGUCCCAGAGCAUUGAGGACAUCACACAGGACACAGCCUCUGUGUUGUUGCUGGUGCUCAGUGGGAUGGCCUGUGUGGCAGACCUGAAGGGAGAAGACCUGGUGGUGGCAGUGGAGGCCCAGGAUCUCAUCCUAAGACAGAUGGGCAACGUCAGGGUCUCUGACCUGCUGACCGAACUGAUGCCAGCGCCAGGUGGGUCUACGGUUGGCCAGAGGCAAGGCUGCAGGGCAGUUCCCGUGGUGGGCAUACGGAUGGAGAUGGGUCCUUCUGCAGCGCGGCAUGGUUCUCUGUCUGCGUUGGUGGGUCACCUGGAGCUGGGUGUGCGAGGCUGUCGGGUGGAUCUGUUGGUUUCUACCCUGGCCACCCUGGGGCCCUUCCUGGAGGAUGAGCUCAGUGCUGACGUCCAACCCAUUAAGAUCCGGCUGGAAAACGUCACUAUCACUGUGAAGGAUGAUGGUCCCAAGGUCUACCCCACGGCCCCCCAGCCCCAACCUGUCACCUUUACCGUAGACCAGGUGGUUGUGGAGCGGUAUGAUGACGGCAUUUUGAGAAUCAAAGGUGGUGAAGGCCCAGUCCCAAGAGACUCAGCAGGUGGUGCUGUGGUAUGUUUGGAGAAGCCAGACAGUUUUUGUUCUGUCCAACAAUCGCAGAUCACGAAUACUUUCCUGGAGUCGCAGCUAUCGGAAGCUCAGUCGGCCCUCUCUCAAGCCCUCACUGACCGAGAACGUCUCCUCUUGGAAGUCAGGAAGUACGAUCCCAUGUUUGACCUGUGACCGCUUUACUUCCCCGGCCAGCAGAGGGCAAUAUACUGGCACUGCAUCAAUAAGGGAGUAAAGGAACUGAAAGAAAUGUCUGGACAAAAUUAGCUGUCUGAACCCAGGCAUAUGACAAUUUCUAAAGAACAGUGAUGAGUACCUAACAGUAGAAUCCACCCUGAUGGUUCCAAAGUUCAAGCUCUUGUAAUGAAUUGCACAAACGAACAGUGUGUCACUUCCAGAGAACACAUAGGGGGCCCCUGUAGAAAACAGGAGCCCUACUGUAGUCACUCUUUACACACUGAGGUAUAUGACGGGUAUUGCUGUACAUUUAAAGCUAUUUACACCUAGUUUGAAUUUAAACCACCAUAGAGAAUAGUUGACUCAUUGUUGUGCUGCACCUCACUGGCCAUCUAUCUUUAGCAAAUCUUUUAUUUGAAGAACAGAUGCCAAAAUUAGUCUACUAUGCAGUCUUCUAUGCAGAGAACUGUCAGUUUAGUAGUGUUAAGAGUCCAUUGAUGUUGUUUCCUGUACAAAUCUUUCACUGUCAGGCAUGCCCUGUGAAAACCACUAGAGCUCUAGGAAUGUUGGUGUGUGGGUUUACAAACACCCACCAAGCUGCAACUAUAAAACUGCUCGCUAUUGUAAAGUAGAUCCUGUUCAUAAUUGUACAUAACUGUACGUCUGUAUAGUUAGUAGCUGGUAUUUUAGAUGCAUUCAUGUAACGUUGUUUAGGACGAUUGUGUAUUAAAUAGAAGUGGGAAAGGGAAAGAAAAACACUGACUUAAAGCAGUACUGCAUUGUAAACAUGGAGCUCCUGUCUGUGGGAUCACCAGGCACACCUCCGCAUAUCUAACCUUUUGAAUGGUUGUGUAUCCGAGAAGGGGAAAGCUCUCUCCACACUGUUCUCAGAUACCAGGUCAAAACAUUCCCCAGUCUUAUUGAAACGUAUAUGAUUUUUUGUUAAACUACAUUUGGUGGUUGAAUGUUCAGAUGACACAUGCUUUCUGAUCUUUUGAGGACAGUUAAGACAAUGGUUAUGGUACAUUAACUGGUUUAGUUUGUUACUUGAGAGUUGUACCCUGCACUCAGACAGUUAUUAGUUGAACUCCUUUACUCACCCAUCUGCAUGGAGAAACACCAUCUAGGCAUAUACUAAUACCUCACUGACCAUCCAUAGAAUUAGACUUCAAUAAGUCCUUCUGCUACCCCUAACUUUUAGAUACAGGGGAUUGGAUUGGGGUAUAUUCAUCUAUGGUUAGAAGCCCCUGUUUUGGAUCCCAGUAUGGAUGAAAUGUAGUGUUAUUAUUUUGAUAUGAACUGUUACAGGCAGUCAUGAAUAUUUACUUUUUGCAGCUAUUUUAAAUACUUUUUGAUAAGACAGUGUUGCUACUAGCCAUCUCAACAAACACAUUGCACAGCCAUCAGAUCAAAUAAUACAUAGAGAUACUGCAUCUUAAUUGCGUAUAUAUACACAAAAUAUGUAUAAUGCUAAUGCUUUUAUCUACACUAAAACUGACAGGUGCACUAAUGCCAAUUUGUUGUAUUCUACACAUUGGGUACCUUUCUAUGACUAUGGAACACCUGUGAAGCCUUUGUCCUAAUUGGAGUUAUAUUAUUUAAUGUGGUUAUAUAAUUAGACAUUUUUUUUGUAAUUAUAGGAUAUCUAAUGUGGAGGUGACAAAAUGUAUUAUUUGUAAAAAAAAUUCUGUUGUCUCAGAAGAUUGGUACUUGAGAGGAGAGACAUUGGGUUAACGUUACUUAGAUCAAAGUCACACUCAGCAAAACAAGUGUGAUUAGGGAGAAAGUCAAAUGGGUCAAGAAGAGACUUGUGUAUGUGGUAUGGUGCUAACAAGUUAACUAACCCUUGGUUGAGCUUUUAGCAUCAUUCUCCACUCUCUUCUGAGUGGAACUGCGAGACCUCUGGUGGCCAUAAUAAUAUACCACUGUACCAAGCCUCUGGGGUUGUUUCUCUGGUUGCCUUCUGAUAUUAAUGUAUGAAUGAUAGUGUUACAUUCUGAUUGAGGGAAGUAGCAUGAAGCAAAGGAGGAAUUCUGUUUUACCCAUAGCCUGAGAACAGUUUUAAGCUAUUUUUCUUUUUUUAAAUGUAAAAGCGCAAAUGCCUAAGGUUAAGAAAUUAACAAUUGUCUAAUGUGUCCGUUUUUUCCCUCGUCAUGCAUGUUUGUAUUUGAACAUUCCCUCAAGGUCACAUUCAGUGUAACAAAGCAGGGAUUCCGUUCUCAAUAAUAUCAACAACUCUCAGAAAAUACAUACUGCUACCCAAUUGUUUUUUUGAUUGUAGAUAUUUGCUUUUAGUUUUUUUUUGCAUGACCUUGGCUGUAGCUACGUUACCAUCCAAUUGGCGACAGAUUUUCAUAUGAAUAUUCUAUAAUCCGCAUUAAAACAAUAUGCCCAUUUUCCCACCAGAGUCGUUUCCAUCAUAUUGAUUUGUUGCGGUUAAAGGUUGUGCGCGAUGUAGUGCACAUAAAAAUAACUUUUGCGGUUAAAUUUCCAUGUACCGAAUCAAAAAUAAAUGUUCAACUCUACUGAUGGUUUUGUCACAAAAAAUGUUGCGUUAUAUAGACGGGUUGGUUGUUUAAGCAAUAAGGCCGGAGUGGGUGUGGUAUAUGGCCAAUAUACCACGGCUAAGUGUUGUUCUUGGGGACUACGCAACCAGAGUGCCUGGAUACAGCCCUUAGCCGUGGUAUAUUGGCCAUAUACCACAAACCCCAGAGGUGCCUUAUUGCUAUUAGAAACUGGUUACCAACGUCAUUAGAGCAGUACAAAUAAAUGUUUUGUCAUACACGUGGUAUACGGUUUGUUAUACCACGGCUUUCAGCCAAUCGGCAUUCAGGGCUCGACCCACCCAGUGUAUAAUUAAGAACAACACGCGAUGCAGGUGAAACAGACAGGGUAGGCUUAGACACUUGACAACAUUUUGUCUCAAAAUGUAUUUAUUUUUAAACAUAAUUACAUUUGCACAAUAAGCACUUGUCUCUCAAAUACAUUGUUAGUUAUUGGUUAGCUAGUGAAUUUUUGCUAUAUUAGCAUAGACAUGACAUGGUAUCAAUAAUAUUAUAAACUGGAUGGUUCGAGCCCUGAAUGAUGAUUGGCUGAAAGUACCGUAUACGAGUUUGACAAAACAUUUAUUUUUACUGCUCUAAUUACGUUGGUAACCAUAUCGAUGCGCACACCUGGUUAUUGUAAGUGAUGUGGAAGGAAAAUGGUCCCUAGUUAGAAAGCUGUUGUCUGACUGACUAAACUCGUCUAAAAUCCAUGCUCACCCCCUCCUUAGAACAACUCUGUUAGCUCUCUCCAUCCGCAGCAGGGUGACCACUCAGCCCCCAGCCAGCUUCCACUUCACAGGGGGGAGCCUGUCAAGUUACAUUUCUGCUGCCCCCUUCAACUGUUCUGGGUUACCAUGACAACAGCCCUGAGCCAGCCAAAUAGUGCCAUGCAUGAGGGGGUGGGACUGGCAUACUCUGUCCCUUUAGUCAUUAGAAUGACUUUGCAAAAAUAUAGUAUUCUCAUUGUUGUGGAAGGAGUGGGUGCGUGCAUGUAAUAACUGAAUGGAUUGUUAUUUUGCUCUGGAUUAUUUGCACUUAAGUGUUGUACAUUAACUGGAAAUUGCACUUGCUUAGUGCGACAGUGAGAGAAUCAUCCCAGAGAAGAUAAUGUCCUGAUACAUUUGUUGAGACCCUCUGACUGUUUUUUGUCAAAUUUGUUUAACACUUGCUUAGAAUUCCUCACCUAAGAUGUUUUAAUGUCAUUCAAUAAGACUCAUGUAAACUUGGUUCUGUGAACCAAAUUAGUAUGUGAGAAUUUUUCAAAGUGAUAAAAUAUUGACGCAACCUUUA